AUGCGGGGGCCGGCGGGGGGCGCGCGGGCGGCCGCGCUGGCGCUGCUGCUGGGGGCGCUGCACGGGGCGCCGGCGGGCGCCGAGGAGUACGACUACUACGGCUGGCAGGCGGAGCCGCUGCACGGGCGCUCGUACUCCAAGCCGCCGCAGUGCCUCGACAUCCCCGCCGACCUGCCGCUCUGCCACACCGUGGGCUACAAGCGCAUGCGGCUGCCCAACCUGCUGGAGCACGAGAGCCUGGCCGAGGUGAAGCAGCAGGCGAGCAGCUGGCUGCCGCUGCUGGCCAAGCGCUGCCACUCGGACACGCAGGUCUUCCUCUGCUCGCUCUUCGCGCCCGUCUGCCUCGACCGGCCCAUCUACCCGUGCCGCUCGCUGUGCGAGGCCGUGCGCGCCGGCUGCGCGCCGCUCAUGGAGGCCUACGGCUUCCCCUGGCCCGAGAUGCUGCACUGCCACAAGUUCCCCCUGGACAACGACCUCUGCAUCGCCAUGCAGUUCGGACACCUGCCUGCCACCGCGCCUCCAGUGACCAAGAUCUGCACCCAGUGUGAGAUGGAGCAUAGUGCCGAUGGCCUCAUGGAGCAGAUGUGUUCCAGUGACUUCGUGGUUAAAAUGCGCAUCAAGGAGAUCAAGCUAGAGAAUGGGGACCGGAAGCUGAUUGGAGCCCAGAAAAAGAAGAAGCUACUCAAGCCUGGCCCCCUGAAGCGCAAGGACACCAAGAGGCUCGUGCUGCACAUGAAGAACGGUGCUAGCUGCCCCUGCCCACAGCUGGACAGCCUGGCUGGCAGCUUCCUGGUCAUGGGCCGCAAGGUGGACGGACAGCUGCUGCUUAUGGCCGUCUACCGCUGGGACAAAAAGAAUAAGGAGAUGAAGUUCGCAGUCAAAUUCAUGUUCUCAUAUCCCUGCUCCCUCUACUACCCCUUCUUCUAUGGGGCCGCUGAACCCCACUAAAGGGCGCGCCUCCCUGCCUCAUGUAGCCAGCUGUGCCUUGCCCUCUCUCCACCCCUGAGGCACACUCUCUCUUUCUGCCCACUUGGCCUCACCCCUCUUCCCAGGCUGACCCAGCCCCUGCCUGAGUGGUCCCAUGCAGAGCUAUUACCAGCACAGGUCUUAAGGAAUGGGCAUGGAGCCUGAGCUGCUCUUAACUGAGGGGUUCUGGGUCCUUGGGGACUUCUUCUUUUAGAAGCAGGGCUUUCUCAUUUGGGAAGGAACUCCAGGGUUUCAGAAAGUAGGUGGAGGAGAGAGCGAGAAGCAUGGAGGGGCUCUGAGCAGCCCGAGGAGGUAGUUUCCGGAGUAGACCAUGGCGUCUGCUCCCCUCUGUCGGUGAUGAAGCCUUGCCUUGAAGAGGAAAGUCUCAGUAUUAGGCUGAGCUAUUUGGGGGGACAGUUCCUUACCUCCACUGCCCACUUGUGUCAUCAGAGUCCCCCCAGAGGAGAGGCAUUAGGGUCACAGCACCCUCCAGCCACAGUUCUCCACCUUCCCCAUCUCUUCCCCUUCCUGCAAACCUGGAGAGAAGCCCAGCCCAAACCCCCUCCCAGAAGCCGCUUUUUGGGGUUUGUUCUUCAGCCUUCGUAUGUCCCUGUAACCCUGAUGAGUAAAUUAUCACCACCGUUGCAAGGCCACAAGUACUAGAUCUGAUGCAGGCAAGGUCUGGUUUCUAAUUUUUUUUUUAAGUUUUUAAUUAAAUCAAAGAAAACAACAGUUGGUUUUGACUAGGUUAUUUGUCAGCUGGUCCCCAAAGGUGGGGAGAGGGAGGUUCAGAAGAGACUUUUAGAAAGAGGCCCUUGUCAUAACCCACAGCCUGUCCACACAGACAUACUUGGAAUGCCUAAGAGCAACACCCAUGUUCUUGUAGGAUCCCGAGAGCACAGAGUGAGGAUCACCCUGCUCUUCCCCAGCACUAAGUGAGGAAGGGAGAUAACCAUCCUUUUUUCCCAAAGAAGGAGAGAGACACCAAGAUCCCCAGUCUGCUCCCAGGGUCAAAAGGCUCCACAGUCCUGAAGCACGUCCCUGGAAAUACCUGCUCCUCAGAUCCCAAGAAGGCUGGACCACUGGGCACUACUCUGAAGAGCCAAGGGCCUAUACACAAGUCAAUUCCUACCCCUGUGACACUCUAUAUACACACACACACACACACACACACACACACCACCCCCUCCACGCCCCCAUCCCCUCCACCCCUAUCUCCCACCCUCUGCACUGGUCUGAACUGGGUGGGGAUAAUGGUGUAGGCAAGUGCCACAGGGACCAGAGGAGCAGCAUUGCCUAGAGCUGGUGAGAAACACAAAAGCUCAGGCCCCACCCCAGGCCUGCUGUUUCAGAAUCUGCAUUUUAACACAUAAACCUUCAAAUCACCUAGAGAGCUUUUGCAAAAUGGGGGCCCCACUUAAGCAAUUAAAUCUGAAUAUCUGGAGGGUGCUCAGAAAUCUGAAUCUCUAUAAGCUCCCUGGGGUGGUAUGCAGCCUGGGUUGAAGACCUUGAUCUGAGGCAGGAGGAGGGGGAGGGGCUGAGGGGAACUCAGCUGGAAGGAUCUCGGUCCAGCAUGCAGGAAGUGGCUAUUCUAACUGAGGACUUCUUCAGCGAGCUCAGAGCAGAUGGUGCUGCUACCUGGAGCAGAAUGGGGCAGGGAGGGGAGGAGGCUUGAAAGGGAGGCAACAGGUUCCUGCACUCAGAUGACCAGCAUUUGGAAGGGGUGGCACCAGGAAAGAGACUUGGAGUUUGUCAUCAGAUGCUGAGGAACAAGGCAGAUGUAUCCAGAGCAGGGGCUGGGGACACCCCCAGAGCAGCUUUCCUCAAUAGUGAGAGUCUAGCUACCAAGUCCAGUCGAGGCUUCCUGUUCCUCCAAGACACUGCAGCUGCAUUCCCUUGUGAGCACUCGGCUUCCAGGGCUCUCAGAGAAGCAGGAUGCCAUAGAGAAAUGAAGAAGGCAAAAGGGUCCAAAUUCUGCUGUGGGGCCAAUUGUGAACUAACAGGUGGUCUGACAGCCUGCCCGUAAAUCACCUCCCUGGGCAGUCAGGUGGCCUCACCACAGGUCAGGAGCAGCAGAGGCCUGCUUGUUUCUCCUCAACUCUGAGGAAGCCACUGCCACCCACCCUCACCCAAAGCCUGCCCAGCCUACCAGCUCCCUGAAUCUGCCCCUUGUCUCCCAGCCUCCUACCCCAACCAAAUAUUUACGGACACUUCUAUGGUCAACCAGGGCCCAGGAUUAUUUUUCCACUGAACACACAGGACUCAAGCUACUUCUGGCAGGAUCACAAUACUGAUCUCUGUCAGGUGCUGGCAGCCAGUGAGAUGGAGCAGGCGGGGGGAGAGGCUCCCUUAACCCAUCCCGGGAAGCCCCGGCAAGACCCUCCUCACCCACCCACCAACACAGGGGUCAUGCUCUAUGUAUCAGCUCUGUUCCCCAGCAUCUAUUGUCAGAGCCCCCAGCAGUCUCCUCCCUAGGACCAAGAAGAAUCUUCCCCCAAACCAGGGGAGGCCUCACAAGGCCUAGGCCCACCCUUCAUUUCCUGCGGUCACAACACGCUCCCCGCUGGCCGGUCUGAAGAGACAGGUGGUGCUGCCCAGGGAGCAUCUGGGCUGUGUGUCAGUGAAUGACUACAUCUGACAGAAACCUCAAGAAACGAGGGCAUCCCCAUAAGAGAGGUCUGGAGAUGGACAGGUGGGAGGUCCAUGUCCCAGACUCAUUUGGUCUUCCUGCUCUGCCAGAGGAUGGCUUCUGUUCUCGUGGUUACAAACAGUGCCUCCUCCUCACCACUUCUCAACCACAUUCCAGGCAGCAAGGCAGAGAAGGGGAGCAAAAACAGCAUGUCAGCUGCCUCUGGCCCUUUUGAUCAGGAAAACAGUAAUUUCCCAACAAGUCCCACCUGGUAGAUUUCCACUUUUAGCUCACCGGCCAGAACUAAGUCACAUGGCCACCCCUAGUUGCAAGGGAGUAAAGGAAGUCAAGUGUUUCAGUUGGGUACAAAAUCAGAGUUCUGAUAAAGAACAGGAAGGAUUUUGGGCAGGAUGCUAAAUAUUCAGGAUCAAGGGUGCCUGGGUGGCUCAGUCAGUUAAGCAUCUGACUCUUCAUUCUGGCUCAGGUCAUGAUCUCAGGGUCAUCGGGAUCUGCAUCCAGCUGGGAGUCUGCUUCUCCCUCUCUGUCUCUGCCCCUCCCCCAACUCACACACCUCCUCUAAAAAUAAGUAUUUUAAAAAAAAUACUCAGGAUCACAUGAAAAGAGGUAGUAGGGCCCAGUUUUAGGUUCCAAUCCUGUGACUUAGUGACCAUGUGACAUUAGGGACACUGCCUAACUAUAAAAUGGAGUAAUAAUGUCUAUUUCACAGAGUGGCUGAGUGGUAAGUGGGGAAACACAUGAAAAGUUCCUGGAACUAGUGCCCAGCAUUUAGAAGAUAUUCAUUAAAUGAUAAUUAAUAUUUUACUAAUCAAAGGCCUUGACCUGGCUUAGCAUGGUGCCUGCACAUAACAGGUACUCAGUACAUUCCUGAUUUGUUAAGGCAGAAAGAAGACAGGAACAUCUCACCUAAAACCCAGAAUUGCUACUUUCAGGAGGUCAGAACCUACAUUUGGCAUUUUACUUCAGAAAAUACAUUCCUGGGGGGUAUGUAGAAGGGAGUAGAAGCCAGUAGAAGGGAGAAGACAUAUAAUAAUACUAGUAAUCAAUAAAUAUCAAGCCCAUGCUAGAUGACACGCACUACUCUAAGCACUCUGGUAUUCUUUUUUUUUUUUUUUUAAAGAUUUUAUUA